AUGGUCGUCCUAAUUUUUAUCGGAGCCCCCCCUCCUCCAUAUCUACACAUGGAUCCGUUCUCGCAGCCCAAACCAGAACCCAAGAAGCAGUAUCACUCUAAAUAUUACCGUGAUGCUCGUAACAGGGACGCGUCGGGUGCUUCUGAAGCAUCAUCUGCCGAUGAAGAGCCUCAGAAGAAUCAUGUAGACCCCUUGCCACCUUCGCCGCCACAUCUUGACGCUGUCAACGCGCCUCGUACUCCAUCUCCGUCGAGUGAUAACACCAGACCCUCUUCCUGGAUAACUGGACGAACCCCCUACAGCCGCGGCACCACUAGUCUAAACGUCUGCAACCCGGGAAAAAAGGUUGGUCCCGUAGACCCAUACCUAAAAGAGGACCUACGACACCGUUUGUUCAUCGACUUCGACACAUUUCUCCAAACUAUUCUUCUCUUGCCUGCAGACUGGCGUACGUCCUUCAAAUCUGCUAUCGACCAUGUUCUCGCCGAUAAAGAGUUCAACGGACUUCUGAACGAGUACUUGAAGAAAGUCAACGUUGCGGUCGUUGAUCAUGACCGGGAAAAGCGGCUCUAUCGACCCCAUGCGAAGAUGUGCAAUAGGGCUGUCAACGUUCUGCAGACUCAUCAGGACACCAAGGUAUCCGACGACAACAUCGUCCACUAUCACCGCAUGGAUCCACUCGUUGUGCGGGGGUCCAAAGACCAGCUGAAGCCGGACAUAGUGGGGAUGUUGACUCAGAUAUUCGCAUCUCCGAAAGAUAAGCUGAAGUUAAAUGCUUUGGAGAAGUAUGGAGAGGCUCAGGAUGUGGUUAAGAGAUCGGGAGGACUGCGGCAGAAGCCAAUUCCUCCAUUGCCAGAGAAUAACAUUCCUGCAUGGCCGCAGCUCAUCGACGCCAAGGAGAUGAAAGCCACUGAUAACGCCCUCGACGAAGGGACGAACGCGAUUCGGUUGUUAAAAGCUGGUCAGGACCCGCUGAAACCGGUGCCACGUAAGAAGCGGGAUGGUAGCGGUCUGAGUGCUACCACUGACUGCCGGACUUCGGUAGACAACCAAGCUUCAGAUAUCCCCUCGGCUUCGAGGACCAAGAAGCGCAAAUCGGAUAGUAGCGACGAGUCUUCUUCCAAGGUCUCGCGUCGAACGUAUGACAGCCAAGCGUCUGCUUCUGCAAGACGGGUGCUAGACCCAAUUGAUGAGGACGGCUUUCCGAGACAUCUUCCGAACGACGAGAAGGCUCGCAUUCAGUGUGCGACUUACGCGAUGCAGAUACUCUCCAGUGCUGGACUGCGGUCGCAUGCUCUGGUCACUUUAAUCGACCGUGACCGCCUUCAGCUCACUUAUUAUGACCGAUCCGCUAUCGUCGUCUCUCAGGCCAUCGACAUAGCUGAUAAGGAAGAAAAGCGAUUAUUCGUUGGGAUGCUUAUUGGAUGCCAUCGUCUCACACUCCCCCAGCGCGGUAUUCUUGAUCACAUAAUCGAAGAUCCCUACAUCAGAGGUUUUGGGAAAAUGGAAGAGCGGAAUCCUAUAACCCUCUUCGACGGUCUGAAGAUGACGUUGGCGAAAUCUGACGGAACGAAAAUCAUUCUCACUCUGGGAAGCAUCGUUCAUCGCCAGCGUUGCCUCAUUGGGCGCGACACUUGCGUCGUCCUCGCUCGCUCGGCGGCAUGGCCUGGGCGAGAACUCGUUGUUAAGAUCAGUUGGCCAAGCAUCCAUCGCGACUCGGAGAAGAAGCUGAUGGACGCCGCGAAGGCCAAGGCUGAUGAGAUGGCUGGUGAAGGCAAGAGGCAUUGGGUUUUGGAUCAUCUUCCGGAGAUCCUUCAUUCCCAAGACUUUCACUUCGACGACGAAGAUUCACCACAGAGAAGGUUGAUAGAACUGUUGAUAGAGGCAUCCUAUGUCGACGAAAAAACGUUCAUCUACGAAGAGCGCCUUCUUCGCAUCAUCGUCUCGGAACGUCUCUUUCCCAUAACAGACUUAGCUGAUGUCAAGGACAUUGCCCAAGCGUUCCAUGAUAUAUUUCGAUGUCAUUCUUGGCUGUACGAAAACCCCAAAAUUCUCCACCGCGACAUGAGCCUCAAAAAUAUGAUGUAUCGAAGAAGAUACCACGAUGACAGCAAACAGGAAUUCCAAAUUCUUGGUGUCCUUAACGACUACGACCUUGCCUCUUUCCUUCCUCUCAAGGAGGCGUCAUCCCUUCAUCGCACAGGUACACCGCCUUACAUGGCUCAUGAACUUCUGGGCAAGUCCGACGUUAGCCAUCUAUAUCGUCAUGACGUCGAAGCCUUCUACUAUGUUCUAUUGAUGCUCUGCUGCCGUUAUGAGAUUGUUCAAUCUGCGGAAGGAAAGGUCAUGAAGGAGUUAGAGUUGAAAAACAUGCCUUUUGCGCAGUGGUUUGACAGAACACUAUCAUGGGAGGGACUCUCUGACAUCAAGUGCGCUUUCCUGACCACUCGCAAGACGAUUCCUACGUCGGCGUCAUUUUCUGCCUUUCUUCCAUGGCUCGAGGAGAUUCGAUACUUGUUCAGAAAAGGGAUAGAUGCGCUCUCAGAUUUAGAUGCUCCUCUACCUCGGACACGUCAGCAAUCUCAUUCAAAACAGCCAAGAAAUGCGGAACCAUCUGUGCCAUUUGACAACGAGACACUCGGUGGGUAUAUCAUAUCCACGGAAAUUUUGGAAAUCAUGUCGGAUAUCAAUGGUCACUCUCUGAACAAUCAGUCGUGAAGAGCAUUGAUUUAGAUCAACCAUGUGUAUCUUACAGUGUAGACAGACCUGGCA